AACAACGCGUUCAUGGCUUGCAUUUGCAGGGAACUGUCCAAUUCUAGGGCAAAUUCCUGUAUUUUUUAUUGAGACACGGCGAGGGUUGAAAACCCUAGGGCAGAGUAGUGUUUGAGCGAGAAGAGGGGUUUCCGGUGGUCCCAGUGCUGUGCCCUACCUCCUAAUUUUGUCACUCCGCUCUCAAUUGAGGAAGUUGAUAUUAUUUGUUCCAAAUCAAUGGGAGUGGAAAGCCUGUAGCCAUUAAGGUAGGGAUGCAUGGAUGUGAUUCAGGAUCUGCUCUCCUGGUAAAUGCUGAGGUUGAUUCCAUGGGAGGGCUUGUUGAUGGCGGAGUUGGGAUUGGUGUUAAAACCUCUCCACGUAGAGCAGCAAUAGAGAAGGCUCAAGCAGAGCUUAGGCAGGAAUAUGAUGUUCGUGAAGAAAGGAGAAAGGAACUAGAAUUUCUAGAAAAAGGUGGCAAUCCCUUAGAUUUCAAAUUUGGAAAUGCAACUUCAGUUAGUGUCCAGUCUACCUCUCUCACUGAUCAGCAAGCAGAACAUUUUGCUACCAGUGAAGCAAAAGGUAGUUUUGCACAGACUGCUUCACCUCAUGGUGACUCUGUAGAGAGCAGUGGUAGGCCAGGGGUUCUGGCAGUGUGUGAACCCCAUACUGCUGAUAAUCUCUUACUUUUUGAUGGAGAAAAUGAAUUACAUGAAGGCAAAAGAAGCUCAAUGCACCGUAGUAAGAGGAGUAGUGUUGCUCCAUCAGAACAAUGUUCUCAGAUGGAUGGGACUCAAAAUGCCAAGGAAUCAGAAGAUUCUGCAAUUUUUCGCCCAUAUGCCCGUAGGAAUAGAUCCAAAAUCAAUCGAGAUAGUGCUAGAUCUAGUUCAACAGAUAUGGUUCAGGGCCGUGGAGGUCAUGGGUCUUCUUUACCUGCACGUGGGGGCUCUAUGGAUAUGAAGGGACCAAUAUCUGAAACAAACAACCAGAAGGAACAGAAUGUUCUCUCCAUUUCUAACCCCAAAUUUGCAACUUCAAAUGGUGAUUUGGUUUCAAAGAAGAUAAUUUCUGAUAACCAGCUGAAUGCAGGGUUGGAUAAUGUGCAGGCUGUUGAAGUAACAACGAGGCUGUUGAAAGGCAAUCAAUCUGAAUGUACAUUGGAUACUCCUGUUUCAAAAAGCUCAGCAGAUGUCCAGCAAAAAGAAGUAAUACAAGGAGAGGCUCUUAGAUCUAUCAAUUUGGCUUCUGAUGAACCUGGUGUUGCUAGUAGAAAGGAACAGGUAAUUUCAGCUGGUCUUGAAUGUCUAUCUGGUGCAGUUGCUACAAAAGCUGAGAAGGAAACUAGUUCAUGUCAACUGAAUGGGUUUAAUGACUCCAAGAGAGAUAGAAAAACAAUACCAAAUGCAGGGAAACAGAAUAGUAAUGCAGCAGUUGGAGCAAAGAGAUUAGAUUCAGAGUCUUCUUGCUCUCAGAGUAGCCUAAACAUAGAUGUGAAUAAUGAUAAUGAUACAGGAUUCACAGAAGAUGUUGAUGCUAACAGAAAGCCUGCUGAUGAAACAUCAGAAUUAGAAGCGAAACCAAAGUUACUCAAUGACCUUGUACUAAAAAAGAAUGCGAUGAGGCCUGUUGAUGACAUUGCUACAAUCAAUGAGAAUAAUUGUGGUGUAUCUCAAAACCACUCUCUCAAUGAUUCAGUUAUCAAAGUCGAUGAUGAAAUUAGAUCUAACAUGCAAAAUCAGAUGGUUUAUUCUUCUAGUGUUGAAGGAUUGCAACAAAAUGUCCUUUCUGUUUCAGAAGCUGAGAAGAAACUUAGUGAUGUGUCAUGUGACAACCCAAAUUCCAAAACAGUAAACCAUUCUGCUGGUAAGCCUCCAGGCACAGUGGAUAUCUCCAUUCCUGAUCAUCUUGAGAUUACUUUGUUGGGGGCAAAUGAUGAUGUUGCCACCAACCCUCAAACUGAUUUCGAUAAACAUUUAAAAUUGGUGGACAAGGACCGUGAAGAUUCAAUUUUGGAAGAGGCACGAAUUAUAGAGGCUAAGCGGAAAAGGAUUGCAGAGCUAUCUGUUGGUACUCUACCCUUGGAGCAUUGUCGAAAGUCUCACUGGGAUUUUGUCCUUGAGGAAAUGGCUUGGUUGGCCAAUGAUUUUGCUCAGGAACGUCUUUGGAAGAUGACUGCUGCUGCUCAGAUAUGUUGUAACGUUGCCUAUACCUCUCGUUUGAGAUUUGAAGAGCAAAAUCAGCUAAGGAAGCAGAAAAAGGUAGCGUUGUCACUGGCUAAUGCUGUAAUGCAAUUCUGGCAUUCAGCACAGCUGCUUCUAAACAAUGAGGAGGCAAGCAUUGGUCCCAAGAAUUGCGGGCAUGAUUUGGUUAGGUCAGGUGCUGCUGAUGCCAAUGAAGUUUCUAAGGACAAAACUGGAGAACUUGAUAUGGAUACAAGUAAAGAAUUUGACCAGAAGCAUCCAAGGAAAAACAUCGAGGGAUAUGCCCAAAGGUUUUUGAAAUAUAACAGCUCUCCUGUUCCAUCCCUUCAAGCAGAAGCACCAGCUACUCCUGACAGGAUAUUUGACUUGGGUAUUAUGGAGGUGUCUUGGGAUGAACACCAAACAGAAGAAAGCCUCUUCUAUGCAGUACCCUCAGGAUCUAUGGAAGCCUACAGAAAUUCUAUUGAAUCUUAUUUGGUGCAGACUGAGAAAACUAUUAGUGCACAAGAGGAAGUUGAGACUUCUGCAUAUGAUGCAGGAGCAGAGUUUGGAUACCAUGAGUCGGCCUAUGAUGAGGAUGAGGGAGAAACAAGUACAUACUAUUUGCCUGGAUCCUUUCAAGGUAGCAAGUCAUCAAAAGCCAAUCAGAAGAACAGGAAGCAUUCAAUCAAAUCAUACACAACGGGACCAUAUGAAAUGGGAGCUGAUUUACCUUAUGGAAACUCUGCAAUUAGAUCUCAACAACAAUCUAUGUUGUUGGGAAAAAGGCCUCCCAGUAGUUUUAAUGCUGGUUCAAUUCCCACAAAACGAAUACGGACUAAUUCCAGGCAUAAUAGAGUUAUGAGUCCUUUUAAUGGUGCACCUGCACCUGGACCCCUGCAGACUCCAGCAAAAACGGAUGCCUCAAGUGGGGAUACCAAUUCUUUUCAGGAUGAUCAAAGUACACAGCAUGGAGGAUCCCAAAUCCAGAAAAGCAUGGAGAUCGAGUCAAGUGGGGACUUUGAAAAGCAUUUAGCAUUUGAUUCUGCUGAAACACCAAGGAAACCUAAUAUGAAGAAGCUCAAGCACAAUGGUUCUGGAUAUGAUCAGGGUUGGCAGCUGGAGUCUACUGUACAUAAUGAACAGAGGGAUUGUUCCAGGAAGAGAUUUGAGGGUCAUCACUUUGAUUCUAAUGGAACUAGUGGUUUAUACGGGCAACAUAAUGCUAAGAAGCCAAAGAUAAUCAAGCAACAUCCAGACAGUAGUUUUGGCAUCAUUCCUAGUGGGUCCAUUCCCUCACCUGUUGCAUCCCAAGUGAGCAAUAUGUCAAACCCAAAUAAACUCACUAAAUAUAUUGCUGGCCGCGACCGAGGCAGAAAACCUAAAGGAAUGAAGAUGUCUCCUGGCCAACCAGGUUCUGGAAAGCAAUGGUCACUAUUUGAGGAUCAGGCCCUUGUUGUCCUUGUCCAUGAUAUGGGUCCAAAUUGGGAGCUUGUCAGUGAUGCAAUCAACGGUACCAUUCAGUUUAAGUGCAUUUUCCGCAAACCUAAAGAAUGCAAAGAGCGUCACAAGUUUUUAAUGGAUCAGAGUGGUGAUGGAGCUGAUAGUGCCGAUGAUUCAGGAUCUUCUCAGUCUUAUCCAUCUACACUGCCUGGCAUCCCCAAGGGAAGUGCCAGACAGUUGUUUCAACGUUUGCAAGGGCCAGUGGAAGAGGAUACUCUUAAGACUCAUUUUGAGAACAUUAUAAGGAUUGGAAAGAAGCAACAGUAUCAACGGAUUCAGAAUAAAAAUCAGGAUACAAAACAGAUGGUGGCAGUCCACAAUUCUCAUUUGAUUGCUCUCUCUCAAGUCUGUCCCAAUAACUUGAAUGGAAUGCUAACGCCUCUUGAACUCUGUGAUAUGAAUGGAUCGGGUCAAGAUGUGUUGCCUAUUGGAUAUCAACCUGCCCUUCCCAGCAGUUUAGCAGUAUCAAAUCAAGGAGCUGUAGCAUCGGUACUUCCAACUUCUGGAACAAAUUCUUCAUUACAGAAUUAUUCUGCUGUGGUUGUUGGCAAUAAUAUGUCAUCACUGUCUGCUCCACUCAAUACUUCUGUCAGAGAUGCUAGAUAUGGUGUUCCAAGAACACCUUUACCAGCUGAUGAGCAGCAUAGAAUGCAACAAUACAAUCAAAUGCUUUCUAGUAGGAACAUUCAGCAGUCCAACUUGUCCAUUCCUGGAGCUAUAUCUGGAGGUGAUCAUGGUGUUCGGAUGCUAUCUGGUGGAAAUGGUAUGGGCAUUAUGUCUGGAACAAACAGAAAUGUGCCAAUCUCAAGGCCAGGUUUUCAAGGAAUGGCCUCAUCAUCAAUGGUGAACUCUGGCAGUAUGAUUUCCUCCAAUAUGGCAGCAAUGCCAAACGUAAAUAUGCACUCUGGACCUGGUCUCGGUCAAGGAAAUUCUAUGUUGAGACCUCGUGAUGCCAUGCACAUGAUGCGAAUUAUCAGUACCACUCAAUAUGGUGACUUGCUUAGUCUUGGGAGUUUUGAAUUCAUGCCAUUGAUCAUAGGUGUUUAUAUUUACAAUAUUGCAGUUGGAUUAGUGCCUCUUGACUUAUCAGGAAGGAAUUUCUCUUGUGCAGUUUAAUGCUGAUGUUUCGAUUUUCUUUUCUGGCAUAAAUUUUUAUUAUUUUU